CUUCAACUCAACCUCCGAUUGAAGGGACACCUCACCCACCCCAUUCCCGUUCCGUUGGUUCUAAACCCCCAAACCAAACACCUUCAUUAUUCAUUAAUCACUAAUUUCCAGUUUUCACUAGCUAGCCUCUCUCGCGCUCCAUUAGAUUUCCUCUCCAACUAUAUAUAUAUACCCCUCACUUCUAGAUUCAUUCGAAUCUCAUCCCACAAAUAGAAACCCCUCUUUCCAUGUCGUCAUCUCUCACCGCAAAUCCAACCCUCGCCGCCGAUCGCUCACGUGACUCGCACAGGACCAAGAAGAAGAAGAAAUCUCCAACCAAACACACCCCCGCCAAAUGGAAAUCCCACGCGCAGCAGCACCUCUACUCGACCAAGCUCCACCAGGCCCUCCGCAGAGUCAACAUCUCAGGCGACGCGCCCCGCCGCGGAAAGGCCGUCCGUGAGGCCGCCGACAGGGUGCUCGCCGUCGCCGCCCGGGGGAGGACCCGCUGGAGCCGCGCCAUCUUGACCCACCGCCUCAAGCUCAAGUUCAGGAAGCCGAGCCACAAGAGGCACAAAGUGGUUGGGCCGGCCCGCCCCAAGAAGCCCCGCUUCGGCGUCCUCCGCCUCAAGGCCAAAACCCUCCCCGCCGUCCAACGGAAAGUCAGGUUCCUGGGCCGCUUGGUCCCCGGUUGCCGGAAAGAACCGCUUCCCGUGAUUCUCGAAGAAGCAAUCGAUUACAUCCCCGCGCUCGAGAUGCAGGUUCGAGCCAUGGCAGCUCUCGCUGACUUACUCUUAGGCUCUUCCUCCUCCGCCUCCGCCGCUGCAUCCACCUCCUCGCCACCCAAUUGAUCUCACUUUCCGGCGUCCAGCCACGUGUCAUAUAUAUAUAUUUUUUUUCCUUCUUAAUUUUUGUUAUUAUUUCCCUCGUUUUCACCCUCUCUCCUCUCUGCUUAUGUUAAUUGUUAAGUACAUAGAUAUUAUAUCUUUUUAUUUUCUCUUUCCCAAUUUCACCUUCCCACCCAUUUCUCUCUUGAUCGAGUUGAAUACAAGUAUUAAAUAUUUGAUGUAACGCAAACGAAAAACUUUUAGUUGAACCGAAAAUAAUAUUGUACCGGUUGAUUUA